CGACCAGGGGCGUGUACACAAAUCGUGGUUGACCCAUUUGGACAGACGAUAUCUUACUUUGGAGAGCUGGAUUCUGGGCAUCCAGCAAAUGGCAGCCUCUGUUGUCGGCAACGCGGACAUCAGCUCUGACUUGUACUUGGCUGACUACCUUGACGUCCUCCCACAACCCUACAUCAUUAUCACCUAUUCAGACGCCGAAACCCACCCUAUUUUCAACUAUGCCAACCCUGCCUUCUACGACCUUCUACAGCCAUCCUCUUCGAGACUUUCGCGACAAGAUCUCUCUGGUGUUCCGGCUUUAAACCUGUUACCUGGCAACUACACGUCGACACUAAAAGAUCUCCGCACCGCGGCAUGUUCCAUGACAGUGAAGACUGGCGUUGCCAAGAAUUUCGAAAUCAUUUCCACCGAUGCAAUCGACCGUAUUCAAGCACAAGCGAUCAAGCUGGAGAUUGAAUGGGUGGCCACUUGCAUCAAGGAGCGCUACUUUGUUUUGAGUGCCCAGGCGAUAGAGCACCGGGAGACUGAAGAACCUGUUCAACCGGAGACGAAAGUCAGCAAGGAUUAUCUCACGACGCAAGCACAAACGUCUGCGUCUGACAACACAAUUCGUGAUGAGGAUACCGCCAAUUAUCCAAGGGUUCAUUCAUCAUCGUCUGUCAACCUAACCGACAAUCAAGGAAGACUGGAUCCUGGUUCAGGAAUUGAUUCUACAGAGUCGAAUGACUUGUGGAAAACUAUUCCAAGGUUUGCAGACUCUUUGGCGGGCGGGGGAAUAAUGGGUGAAAUGUUGCGCAAUUUUGAUUGGUCCAAUACGCCAUUGGGUCGCAUUUCGUCAUGGCCACAGUCCCUUCUCACCGCUGUUUCCCUCACGAUGUGCUCCAUGUUCCCAAUGGCGAUAUGGUGGGGACCACAAUUUGUGCUCAUCUACAAUGAUGCAUACAAGCCAAUUGCCGGAUCAAAGCAUCCAUGGCUUUUCGGCAAGGCAGGCUCUGAAGCGUGGAGUGAGAUUUGGGAUACGUUGGAGCCAAUGGCUCAGAGCGUAAUGCAAGGCGAGCGAUGUUACUCUGAGGAUCAUUUACUUUUUAUGGUUCGCAAUGGAUAUCCGGAAGAGACAUAUCAUACGUGGUCCUACGUACCCAUACGCCAAGAAGAUGGUUCGGUCGGAGGAUUGUUAAACCCGACCUUUGAAGCUACUGGCCGAGUCGUUGCGGAGCGCCGCUUAAAGACUCUGCGAGAGUUUGGAGCGCGAACUGCAACGGCCAAAUCUGUCCCAGAAGUCUGUUCCAUAGCUGCAGAUGUCAUGAACGAUAGUCACCAUGACAUCACCUUUGCGUUCAUCUAUACAUGCAGCGUCGAUAAUACAGGUUGUCAACCGAAAAUGCAGCAAGCUAACUCGCGAACCGGAAAUAUCAAGCUUCACAAACUAAAAUUGAUCUCGGCUGUGGGCGUGGAGCACGGGUGCAGUGCAAGUCCUGACAAUGUAACAAUAGAUUUGCUUGGUGAUCCCCCGGAGGAUGAAAUAUGGCCGUUCCACGAAGCGUGCGCAAAGAAAGCCGUUGUGGAGGUUUACGAUCAACAGCUGAUUGGGGGAAUUGAGGGCCGAGGAUGGGGAGAGAAGUCGCGUAUAACAGUUGUCUGUCCGAUCACGGCGAAUGAUGGCGAUGAUAUAUUGGGAGUUCUUGUGGCGGGAUUGAGUGCGAGACGACCGUACGAUGAAGACUACCGCACGUUUAUGGAACUCCUAUGCCGUCAAACGGCCACGAGCAUCGCAACCGUAAGGGCCUACGAAGAAGAAUAUCAAAGAGCCGAAGCCCUCGCCAUGAUUGAUCGAGCGAAAACUGCUUUCUUUAGCUCAGUCUCCCAUGAACUUCGCACUCCCUUAACUCUGAUCCUUGGACCUGUUGAUGAUCUGCUUGGCGAACGAAGUCAACCUCUCAAUAAAAGACAGCUGGACCUCGUUCACCUGAUUAAUAGAAAUGCUCAGAGGCUACUAAAGUUAGUAAAUAGCUUGUUGGACUUUAGUCGAAUUGAAGCCGGACGCAUGCAAGCUACGUUCAAGGAGACGGAUCUGGUGACAUUCACAGCGGAUUUAGCUAGCUUGUUCCGCAGCGCCAUCGAGAAAGGUGGAGUGCAGUAUAUAGUUGACUGUGAGCUCGACGGGCGCACGGUGUGGGUAGACCGUGACAUGUGGGAAAAAAUCGUGCUGAACCUGAUCGGCAAUGCUUUCAAGUUUACGCUUCAAGGGAGCAUCAAAGUGAGUCUCCACCCUAACGAGGACAAGUCAGGAGUCAUUUUUGCGGUCGAGGAUACUGGGACUGGUAUUCCCUCCCACGAAAUCAGUCGAAUCUUUGAGCGGUUUCAUCGUGUAGACGGACAGAAGGGGCGCAGCCAUGAAGGCAGUGGUAUUGGAUUGGCUUUAACACAAGAGCUGGUUCGAUUACAUGGGGGAACCGUAGAGUUACGUAGUGUGUACGGGCAGGGAAGCACAUUCUCCGUCUUUCUUCCAUAUGGUACCUCACAUCUUCCGCAAGAUCGGUUGUCAGAGACCAAUGAGGAUGUGUCUGAUUACAUUAUCGAAUCGAAAAGAUCGUAUGGGUACGCCAUGGUUGAGGAAGCCAAACGAUGGCUCUCGCUAAGUGAUGAUGAUACGGCGGAACAUUCAAGUACCGCAGACUCUACCGAAUCCAGUGUCCCGAGCAAUACUGUGCCUUCUACAACACGCGGAAGUAAGGUGCUGUUGGCCGACGAUAAUUCGGACAUGCGGCGAUACGUGAAGACUUUGCUGAGUAAAUGGUGGGUCGUGACGGACGUUGCAGACGGACAACAGGCACUGGAUGCAAUAAAACAGGAAAUGCCCGAUAUCAUUGUAAGCGACGUCAUGAUGCCGGUAUUGGAUGGCUAUGGUCUCUUGAAGGUGAUUCGGUCCCUCCCGGAAAGCAAAAUGCUGCCAGUGAUAUUACUUUCAGCUCGAGCUGGUGAGGAAGCUCGAGUCGAUGGGCUCCAGCUUGGCGCUGACGAUUACCUAGAGAAACCCUUCUCUGCCAAAGAGCUUGUCGCUCGCGUUCAUACUCAUUUGGAAUUGGGAAAAUUAAGGGUUGAAUUGGAGCGCAGGGUUAAUGAGAGAACAAGGGAGCUGGCAGAGAGUGAGUGGAGGUAUAAGGUGUUGGCAUCCCUUAGCCCGGUUGGAAUUUUCCGGUCAGAUAUGAAGGGACAAAUCACCUAUGCAAAUGACAAGUGGUGGGAAAUCUCUAUGCACGACAGGGAAAAGGAUCCAGCCGCUGUGAACUUUAUUGAAAGCAUUCAUCCUGAAGAUCGCAAACGUUGUCAACUUCAUUGGCAGGACGCAAUGAAUGGACGUCAGUGCAAUAUAGAAUUCCGGUGGAAAAAUACUCGAACGGGCGUCGAGAGGUGGUGUUUGGGCGCAACGAUGAUCGAAUACGAUGAGGCUGGGAAUCCGGUUGGUCAUAUCGGGACGUGUACGGAUGUGACUGAGCGGAAACGACUGGAAAAAGAGCGACUUGAUGUACUCGAAAUGGCUGAAAAAUACCAGCGACGUAGAGCAGAGGAGGCGGAAGCGGUCAAGAAGCAGCAAGAGUUAUUUAUUGAUAUGACAUGCCACGAAUUGCGCAACCCACUCAACGGCAUAUACCACAAUGCCGAUCUUCUGCAUGAGUCUCUUGAAAAAGUACAAAAAGAAGUCGAUGGAUUGCACAAAACUGUCGAGAGUGUCGAAGAUAUAAAACUUCCUGCAUCAGCUCCCGUUACAAAUAGCCCCGUUACACGACAAACGUCCAAGCCAAAAGAUAACAUGAUUCAGAGCGUGAAAAAGGUGACAAGAUGGUUGGGAGCGGAAGUCAUCAACGAUCUUGAAGCGGUCGAAACGAUCACACUAUGUGCACAACAUCAAAAACAAAUUGCGGACGAUGUCCUGCACAUGUCCAAGAUCAGCAUGAACCUUUUGGUCCUUGCCCAGCUCGAGUUCCAACCACGGGUAGAAAUUACCAAAGUCCUACGCAUGUUCGACACUGAAGUCAAGUUAAAGAAUAUUGAUCUGCAAUAUAACAUUGGGACUGGCUAUGAGGCGUUAUCGGUGGACUGGGUACGAGGGGAUCCGACCCGGUUGGCGCAGAUUAUGAUCAACAUCUUAACCAAUGCCAUUCGGUUUACCGAAAAGGCUGAGGUUAAAAAGGUGGUUGUCACCCUCGAUGCCAGCGAAACCCCACCGAGUUUGCCAAACCAACCAAGUUCAAAAGGUGCAGCUUGGGAUGGUAUGGUGAGUAGUGGCUCGGAGGAUGAUGAGAAGGCGGAUAUGCAGAGUUUGUCUUCGAGUAGGAGUACAAGUAGCUCGGCGACGAUUAGAAAUGUCCAAGUUCCCGCGGCUCCGGUACCUUCAUCUUCCCCAGCUACCUCUGCCAAUGCUAUUUAUGUUCAAGUGACGAUAGCCGAUAGUGGUCUUGGCAUGACUCCCGAAGAACAGGCCAUGCUUUUCCGCCGAUUCGCACAAGCAAGUCCAAAAACUUAUGCAGAUUUCGGCGGAAGUGGGUUGGGUUUGUUUAUUUCUAAACGACUAGUGGAAUUGCAAGGGGGCAAUAUCGGUGUAGAUAGUAUCAAGGGCCAGGGGACGACUUUCACGUUCUUUGUGAAGUAUGAAACUGUCGAGAGGAGGGCCGAGUCUGAUAUCGGGGUGGAAGGAGCGACUGGUAGUAGACAGCCGAGCCAGCCGCCUGCGGCACAAUCCCGCUGGACGAGUCGGCUACCAGCACAGACACCUGAGAACAACCCUGCCGAGAUGGUCGACGGAGAGGUCAAGAUCAGUAUCCUAAUUGUCGAGGAUAACAUGGUGAACCAAAAAGUUCUCAAACGCCAACUGGAAACGCUCGGUUAUUCUACCCAAGUAGCAAAUCACGGCGCAGAAGCAAUAGACAUACUCCAACGACAGGAACGAGCAUUCGAUAUUAUCCUGAUGGAUAUCGAGAUGCCUGUUAUGGAUGGCUUACAAGCCACCGUCAAAAUCCGGGAAAUAUAUGGCAAUCGAUGGAGGAUACCUAUCGUUGCUGUGACCGGUAAUGCACGACGAGAACAUUUGGAUAAAGCCCUGCAGGCGGGGAUGGAUGAUGUGAUGGUCAAACCGUAUGUGAAAAAGGAUUUGGUGGAAAAGAUUGAAAUGCUUGUGCAGCGACGAAGAGCGGAUAUGCGACGAUGACAUGUGGACAAAAAAAAGUACGGUCCAGCGACCUAUUGAAUUGGUUUUUUUUUUGUGGGUGGUGGGCAUGAGUGAUGGACACUUGGUUGGGAUGGAUUUUUCUUUUUGUUUUCUUUUUUGUUUCUUUCUUGUUGCAUGUGGAUAUAUAUUUUUAUCGUUUUUUUUUGUUUGCCACUAUGGCCUGUAACUGUUAUUGGGUGCGUAAUGGGCUUGUACUUUGUAACUUAGAUAUCAUUUAAUGUAUAUCGCGGUAGUUCAC